UCCACAACCCCAAGUACUUAACUGGUGCACUUCUUCCCCAGCAACACCUGAGGAGGACCCAGAAACUCAAUAGCCAUAGACUGUUCAGUUUUCAGAAACAGAGAGAGAGAGCGCCAUGAACAGAAGGAACUUGCUUCUGCUCAAGAUCCUUCUGUUUCUAUUUGCCUUAAACUCCCUCUCUCUCUUCCUAUACUUCACUUCCAACUCCAGAACACUAACUCCAACCCAAACCCAAUCCCACCACUCUCUCUCCCUCAACCGCCUCCCCUUAACCGAUCAGAACCGCCGCCACCCGCACCGCUACUCGAAGCCAUGGCCCAUUUUACCCUCUUACCUCCCCUGGUCCCAGACAACCCAGGUCCCCUUUCGCUCCUGCGAGGCUUAUUUCGGCAAUGGCUUCACCACCAGGGUCGAUCUCUUGAAACCCAUGAUUGAUUUGAGCUCCAAUCGCAUGGGUUGGUUCAGGUGCUGGUUCAGAGAGACCUUGAGGAGCUCAGUGUGCGAAGGAGGGGGCCUCCGGAUGGACCCAGAGAAGAUUAAGAUGUCGAGGGGUGGUGAGGUUUUGGAGGAGGUGAUUGGGAGAGGAGAGGAGGAGGAGCUGCCUGAGUAUCAAUACGGUGCAUUUGAGAUUAAUGGAGGAGAUGGGGUUGGUGGAGGAGGGGAUCAAAGGCUUGUGACCCAAGAAUCUCUUGAUGGGUAUGUGCCAAAAGGUCAGACUGAUCAGCACACUAUGAGAGAACUGAUUGGGUCGAUUCGGAUAGUGCCCACCGCAGAGUUUCAGUGCAAUGAGUGGAUUGAAGAGCCAACACUUCUGGUGACACGCUUUGAGUAUGCAAAUCUCUUCCACACAUUCACGGAUUGGUACAGCGCUUAUGUAGCUUCAAGAGUCACUGGCUUGCCAAAUCGACCCCAUUUGGUCUUUUUAGAGGGCCACUGUAUGACAUCUUUGGAAGAAACAUGGAAAGAAUUAGUUUCUAGCCUUAGAAAUGCUAAAAACUUUAGUGGUCCUGUAUGUUUUCGUCAUGCUAUUCUCUCACCUCUGGGAUAUGAGACUCCACUCUGUAAGGGGCUGAGUGAAGAUAUAAAUUGUCAUGGUGCAUCAGCACCUGAUCUGUGGCAACACCCUGAUGACCAGAAAACAGCACGAAUAUUAGAGUUUGGAGAAAUGAUUAAAGCCUCUUUUGGAUUUCCAGUACAUGGACAUCGUACUGAGAAGCCAAGCUCAGGUCAUAAUGUCCUUUUUGUUCGACGAGAAGAUUACCUAGCCCAUCCACGCCACCAUGGUAAGGUUGAGUCAAGGCUAAGCAAUGAACAAGAAGUGUUUGAUGCCUUGAAGAACUGCGUAUCUAAUCAUAAGGAAUGCAAAAUAAACCUUGUGAAUGGAUUGUUUGCACACAUGUCGAUGAAAGAGCAAGUCCGGGCCAUUCAAGAUGCUUCUGUCAUUAUCGGUGCUCAUGGUGCAGGUCUCACACACGUAGUAUCUGCAAUGCCAAAAACCGCGAUUCUCGAGAUUAUUAGCAGUGAGUAUAAACGCCCACAUUUUGAAUUAAUUGCUCAGUGGAAGGGGUUGGAAUAUCAUGCCAUUAAUCUCGAAGGGUCAUUUGCCAGUACACCAGUUGUUAUUGACAGGCUUAACGGCAUAAUGAAAAGCCUCGGGUGCUGAAAAUUAUUUGGUUUGGGCAGAAACCGCUCAAUAUCAUGCUGGAAGUGGAAGUGAUAGAGAAUCAAUUCUUCCUUCAGUGCUGGUUUUUGUACCACCAUUUCCGUUUCCUCGAGAAUGCUAAUCCACCGUGUUUGCACGGUGCUGAUUGAAUCUUAUUUUAGUGAAGGUAGAGUAGAUUACCAAACCUCUUGGACUCUGUGACUGGCUCUCCAAUCCCAAUAGUUGUGAAACAUAGAAUGAGGCUAACAAAGCAACGGUAUGGGAAAGUUAAAGGUGUUGGCCUUGCUUUGCAAAAGGAUAUCGACAUUGUGCAAGAUUGGCCAACAAUCAUCAGAGGGACAUAAACAAGUUCGUAGACUGCAUUGUCUCUGCGUAUGGUAUGUUUUCUUGACACCCAAAACCAUUGUAUUUGUCAGUUCAUUUCUUCCGGCGAAUGGUCCAACAGCGUGAGGAAUUUUGUUGCUUGUGUACUGAUUCUUCGUUACAUACACGGUAUCUUCGUGUACAAUAGAGGAAUACUUGUAUGAUUGAUUGAUUGUAUCGAAUUUUAGUCACAAUUUUUUGUUAUACACCAACAAAAUGGCUACUUUUUCA